GUGAAAAAAAUUGUUGGGAAAAAUGGUGACACACAGCUCAAAAUCUAAGAAAAUCAUCAAAUCUAGUUGAAGAUACUGAGUUUGUUAAGUCUUACUAAUCCCCAAAACUUCCAUAUCUUAAUCCAAUCUCAUCUCUUUCUUCCAAUCCCCUGAAAAAUUCCAUCACUGCAACAGCUUUUCUUUCUCUAUAAAUCAUUAGAGAAACCCAAAAAGUAAAAACAUUUGUACUACCCACUUUCAAAUUUCACUGACCCAAGAACAAGAUAAGGACAAACAACCAGUCAAUCGUCAGAGCCAGAAGAUUGGUUAACUUUCUUUAACCACCAUUCAAGAGCCAAGUCAUAGUAGCUGUUCUUCUUGUUUUUCGUUUACUUAAUUGGAUAUUUUCUUUAUAUUGCUUUCAUGGCUCAAGAAGAAGCCAAAGAUACAAAACCAUCGACCUCUGAGAAGCCAAACCCAUCAACGGAAACUCAGAUGGCUACAAGUUCAGCUUCAUUAUCUGUUCCUGCACCUUCAUGGUUCACUCCUAAGAGGUUACUAGUUAUCUUUUGUGUCAUCAACUUGAUAAAUUAUGUGGAUAGAGGAGCAAUAGCAAGCAAUGGUGUUAAUGGGAGUCGCAGAACUUGCACAAAAAGUGGUACAUGCACAUCUGGUAGCGGAAUACAGGGGGACUUCAAUUUAAACAAUUUUGAAGAUGGAGUUUUAUCAUCGGCUUUCAUGGUUGGCCUUCUUCUGGCUUCUCCAAUAUUCGCAUCACUAGCAAAGAGCUUUAAUCCAUUUAGGCUUAUUGGAGUUGGAUUAUCAGUUUGGACAGUUGCUGUUAUUGGCUGUGGUUGUUCAUUUGAUUUCUGGUCCAUUACAAUCUGCCGCAUGUUAGUUGGUUUUGGUGAAGCUUCAUUUAUAAGUCUUGCAGCCCCAUUUAUUGAUGACAAUGCCCCUGUUGCUCAGAAAACAGCGUGGCUUGCAAUAUUUUAUAUGUGUAUACCAACUGGAUAUGCUGUUGGCUAUGUCUAUGGUGGAUUGGUUGGAGGUCAUUUUAACUGGCGUUGGGCAUUCUGGGGAGAGGCAAUUUUGAUGUUUCCAUUUGUUGUUUUAGGUUAUGUUAUCAAGCCUUUACAGUUGAAAGGUUUUGCUCCUGCUGAAUCACAAAAAGCACUGACAUCUGUAGAGACAGCUGUUUCUGAAGAUCAAGAGAUAGCGGCCGGUAAAGAUAGCACAUCGUCCGAUAAGGAAGAGUUAGAUGAUAAAAGCUCAAAACAAUCUUGCAUAUCAAGAUAUGCAUCCAAUAGUUCGAAUCAAGUUUCGAGGUUUAUGAAAGACAUGAAAGCUCUUUUAGUUGAGAAGGUCUAUGUUGUAAAUGUUCUAGGUUACAUAGCAUACAAUUUUGUCAUCGGAGCGUACUCGUAUUGGGGACCUAAGGCUGGCUAUAAUAUCUAUAAUAUGACCAAUGCAGAUAUGAUAUUUGGAGGCAUUACAAUAAUUUGUGGAAUAUUUGGGACUUUAGCAGGUGGUUUUGUUCUCGAUCGCAUUUCUUCUACAAUUCCCAAUGCUUUUAAGCUUCUUUCAGUGGCUACAUUUCUUGGAGCAAUAUUUUGCUUUGCUGCCUUCUGUUUCAAGAGCAUGUAUGCUUUCCUUGCUUUUUUCGCAAUUGGCGAGCUUCUUGUCUUUGCAACUCAGGGUCCAGUAAAUUACGUAUGUCUCCAUUGUGUUAAACCAAGUUUGAGACCAUUGUCUAUGGCUAUGUCGACUGUUGCGAUUCACUUAUUUGGAGAUGUACCUUCCUCACCCCUUGUUGGGAUCCUCCAGGAUUCUAUCAACAAUUGGAGGGAGACUGCUCUUAUUCUGACAUCCAUUUUGUUUCUGGCAGCUGCGAUAUGGUUUAUUGGGAUAUUUAUACGCAGUGUGGAUAGGUUUAAUGAAGAAAGUGCGCAUCAAACAGUUUUAACUGAUGGCGUAAACACCACCCCUUUACUUGAAGGUGAAAGUAAAACAGCAGGAACGACAACUUCUGCAGAACCAUGAGUCCUUACAAGAAUCAGUGCUCACUAAUUUUUUCCCCUACAAGAAUUGUAAAGCUUGCUUCUUCUUAUUCUUCUAAAUAUAUUUUGUUGCAUUUCAAAAUCCUACUGAUUUAGGUUUUGUCCUGGCACAAACUUGAGCUAGAUGAUGCUUUCGCAUGUAAAUAAUCUUUGUAGGAUCUUGUGACGAAUCAAAUUAUAUGUAAUCAUAACAGAUCCUUUUUCCUUCAACAUUAAAUCCUUUUUGCUCAUA